GAAUCCUAGUUCUGAUCUCCACGGCGAAAGAGUUAGGCUCACAUGAAUGAAUAUGCCAAUUUUUGUGUGCAUCUUUAAUUGAGAAGUGAUUUGUGGAACUUGAUCUGGUAAAGAGUCAAGACAUUCCAGGAAGAGGCCAGAAUAUUGCUGGUGCAGAAUGUGGAUCUGGGCUCUGCUCCCAAUCUUGCUGACCAUCUUUGCAACAGGAGGCAUCUGGGCCGUGUUUUCAAUGGCGGUGGUGAAUGGGUCUGUGAAUGUCACUGUGGAAUUCCCCUACAUCAGUGUCUGUGGUGCAGAACCUCCUCAGAGUUGUCUCUUUGGCCAAGUCAUGAACAUUGGGGCAUUCCUGGUGACGUGGGUCUGUGUCAUCAGGUACCAGCAAGUGGUGGACUACGGCUACCAGUCCUCGCUGAACAUCGUCAGCUUGGUGGCCGGCUGCCUGUGUGCUGUGGGUGGCUCUUUAGUGGGCAACUUCCAGACGGUCAACCAGAUUCAUGUCCACCUGUUGGGAGCCUUUCUCUCAUUCUUCAUUGGGAAUCUCUACUUCUGGCUUCAGGUGGCAUUAACCUAUAGGGUCAAACCAAGGCACGGGAGCAAGUGGAUUGGACCUGUGCGGAUUAUCUGCAGCCUUGUCUGCACAGUCUGCCUCAUCCUGUUGGUGCCGCUGCACCUUUGGGAGGAAAGGACUGCGGCGGCAAUCUGCGAGUGGGUGGCCGGCAUGGACCUUCUCUUCCUCUUUGGGCUCUUCGCUGUGGACUUUGGGCACAUCGACGGGCACUUCUUCCACGUCAUGCAGGAGAAGGCUGCCAUGCAGAACUCAACCACCACACUGGAGUUAUAACGGCGUUGGGCUGGGAUUCACACGUUCCAUACACGUCGUGUUCAGUGGAUUGUGAAGUGCCUCAGGACAUUUCACCACGCUCCCUUAAAAUAUUUUCUGAUGUUUACCAUGGUCCCUUGAAGCCCCUCAGGACAUUUCACCACAUUCCCUUGGGCAUUUCACCAUGGUCCCUUGAAGGACAUUUCACCACGCUCCCUUGAAAUACUUUUGGAUGUUUACCAUGGCACCUUGAAGCA